AUGGAUCCAACUAUAGCAGAGAAUUGGAUAACAUCAAUAGAAACUAUUUUCCGCCACAUGAACAUCCCAGAAGAACAGAAAGUAAAUUGUGUCACCUUCAUGUUAAGAGGUGAUGCAAAGUUCUUGUGGGAAUCCACACAAAGAACAAUUAAAGGUUCAGUCACAUGGCAGCAAUUCAAUCAAGUUUUUUACAACAAGUAUUUUCCUUUGACAGUGAGAUAUCAAAAGGAAGUGGAAUUUCUUAAUCUUUGUCAAGAGAACAUGUCGAUGGCAGAGUAUGAAUGGAAAUUUGAGCGCUUGUCCCACUUUGUCCCUCGACUAGUGGACACAGAAGAGAAGAAGGUGGAAAGGUUUAUUUGGGGAUUAAGAGAAGGCAUUCGAGGCAUUGUUACUACUUUCCAACAUAUAGAGUAUGCUCUUGCCCUCGAGUCGGCCUUACUCAUGGAAGUAAAUCUUGCUGUCAAAACCUCAACUUCUGAACAAGGAUUCAUUCCAAAUCAAAAAAGGAAAUUCACCCAACAAGACUCUCAAUGUUCACAACGGAAAGUAAAAAUUUUCCAAAGCACUCAGGGCAUACAGUCACAACAGAAGAGUCAAACAUUCACAUAUCCUAAGUGCAGAAAUUAUGAAAAACACUAUCAGGGUCAAUGUCUUCAGAACUUAAAGGUGUGUUUCAAUUGCGGCCAGACGGGUCACUAUGCAAAGGCUUGCAGAAAGCUCAUCAACCAAGUAUUAACUGCUUAG